AUGGGCGGGUCUCAGGUCGACAGCGAGCAGGGCCCCCUGCUCGGGGCGCCGGAGGACGAGUGGCACACGGAGAAGCUCCACAGCGACGACAAGCCGGCGGCGAAGGGCAUCCAGUGGUCCCGGGUGGCGUGGAGCCUGGUGCCGUGGGUCAUCGCGGCGCCGCUGGGCAAGACGGAGCGCAAGCUGCCCAAGGUGACGUCGACGUCGUACCUGAACGGCCUGCGCGGCGUGGCGUGCCUGAUCGUGUUCAACUACCACGUCAUGAUCUCGUUCGACGCCGCGCUCAAGAGCCAGCUGGGCGCGACGCUCUUCGCCAACGUCACCGUGGCCGGCCACGGCGCGACCAUGGUCUUCUUCGUGCUCUCGGGCUUCGUGCUGUCCUACUCGCCGCUGUCCAAGAUCUCGUCCCCGGACGCCGCCGACUCGGCCGUCCUCACCGCGCUGUGGUCGGCCGUCAUCCGCCGCGGCCUCCGCCUCUUCUCGCCGCUCUUCGCCCUCGCCACCAUGCUCGCCCUCAUCACCUUCUUCACGGGCCUCUACGGGCCCAAGAGCGGCUCCCCCUGGGCCGACGACGCGACGCUCGGCGGCUUCUGGAACCACGUCGUCGCCUACGCCACCAACGUCUCGUACCUGCUGGACCCCUUCACCUGGAACAUCAUGCAGCUGCCCACCCUCGAGCACUGCUGGACCCUGCCCUUCGAGUACCGCGGCUCCUUCGUCGUCUUCCUGCUGUGCCUCGCCUGCUCCCGCCUCAGCCCGCGCUGCCGCAAGCUCGUCCUCGUCGCCUUUGCCCUGUGGGCCCUGCACUGGAUCCGCUGGGACGUCUUCUGCUUCACGGCCGGCAUGUUCCUCGCCGAGCUGCGCUUCCAGCCGCUGCUCCCGCUGUCCGUGGCCUUCUCCUCGUCGCCGCGGCCGGCCCCGGGCCGGCAGCAGGAACGGCUCCCCAUCUCCACCGCCGACACGGCGGCAGCGGAGCCCGACGCCGACGCGCCGCCGCGCCGGCCCUGGGCCAGGCUCGCCCGGGCCGUGCCCCGCAAGCACCUGCUCGCCUUCCUGGCCCUCGUCCCGUCCGUCGUCGUGUGCGCCUGGCCCGACGGCGCCGAGGAGGGGACCAUGCAGCCCUACGCCACCAUCCACGCCGUCUUCACCCCCUCGCACUACGUCGGCACCGACAUCGACUUCCUGUACGCGAGCGUCGGCGCCCUCAUGGUGCUCGCCUCGCUCGAGGCCCUGCCCCCCGCCCAGUGGCUGCUGAGCACCACGCCCUUCCGCUACUUCGGCGAGAUCAGCUUCUCCUUCUACCUGCUGCACUACGGCCUGCUCAACAUCCUGAGCGCCCACGCCCUCGUCUUCCUGACCGCCUCGUGCGGGUGGGACAUCAGCUCCGCCUUUGCGCUCACGUGGGUCCUCACGGCCGUCGUGUGCCUCCUGGCCUCGGACCUGUUCUGGAGGGGGGUGGAUGAGACGAGUGUCCGUCUGAGCCGCAAGAUUACUGAUUGGUUGAUCGUUAGGCCGCGGGAGAAUGAGAUCGCGUACCAUGCGCUGUAG